CACAGUCAGCUCUGAUUUCUUAUUAGUAAUAUUUUGCAUGUUCUGAUAAUCUUUUUUCUUCUCCCCUCUUGCCAAAGAAUGCUGUCUGAAGGAUAUCUUUGUAAAAUCCCUUAUCAUGAGCUCUUGAAUUACACGCUCUAUGGAACAGAAACAGAAGAGGCAAUACAUGAAUUGAAGUCAUUAAAUGGUGUCACUUAUGAAUCAACAGACAACAUGCAAAGUAGAAGUUUAUUUUGUAAUUAUAGAUCCAUGGACACAUUUAUGAUCUCUGUUUCUUCCAAAAAACCCAAAAAUAAUAAACAAAAGAAAGACACAUUGAAACAAACUAUUCAAUAUCCAAUAUUUGAAAGGCAAACAUCUGAACCUGUGGAAAUCUGUGUGAGAUCAUCCAUAAGCAAAGAUACUUACCUUGUUCCUUCUUCUUGUAAAAGCAUUUGUAAGAACUACAAUGACCUGCAUAUCGCUGGUGAUCAGGUGCUGCCAAUGAAUUCAAUUAAAAGAGAUGCUAUUUAUGACAGUGGGAUAUGCCCAUUCUUGGAAUCGUCAGAGAUUCCAUUGGCAAUAGAUUCAAUUCCAAUAUUGCCUGUUGAGGUCCCGCGGAAACCGUCCCAAAGGAAUUCAUCAUGCUGCAUCAUGGCCAGCAUCAUGCACCAUCAACAGCCUCUCUCAAAUUCAAUUCUGAAUAAUUAUUUGGAGGAGAAAGUACUAGAGCUUUAUAAACAAUAUAUCAUGGAUGUGAUGGGCAGCAGCAUAUCUCCCACUCAAAUCUUGACUUCAGAGUUCAUAAUGACAAAUGUAGAUCAAAUCAGCAUGAAACUAUCCCAAGAGAUGAACAUGAAGACCACCAAAGCCAAAGAUAUGGUUAUUAACUGCCUUCUGCAAUUAGCUAGUGGAAAGGUGUCAAGUGAAAUGAGCACUCCCAGUCUCCACAUUUCCCAGUUCAGCACUAAAUAAAGUUCACUCUGUCUUGAAAGGUAGAAAUCAGUUUAAUUUCUGAGUUCUAAAACUAUCAGGAUACAGUUGAACUGCCAAAUCUUAAUUAUUUCACAAGUAAAAUUCUUCCAGGAUUUUUCAUUUUCCUUUCUUCUUUUGUGCUUUCUCCUCCUUCCCUACUAAACAGUUUUGUGUGUCUGCAAAAAGUUCAGUUAAUAAGGGACCUUUGAAAGUUUUCCUGAAGUUAUUAUUAUUAUUUAUUAUUAUUAUUAUUCUUUUGCAAUCUACUAAAUAUUGGUCACCUAGUGAAAGCUUCCUCUUGUGUAUGGGAGCAUCAUUUAACUGUACAGAUAAUUUAUAUAAUG